AUGGGCGAUCGUGGCGGCUUCUCGAGGAAGAUCAAAGACUUCGCCAAAGUCACCGGCACAUUCUCCUCGCACUACAAUGCGAACCACGAUGAUGCUGACGAUCGAGACCCCGUCUCAGAGGACGCCCACAAGGCGAGACAGGGGAAAGCGGCGCAACUUGUUGACUCAUACUACGCCUUCGCCACCGCGGCCUACGAAGCCGACUGGUCAACCCACUUCCACUACGCGCCCUUCGUCCCCACCUACCCGCCCCACGACUCGACCCUCGCAACGGCGAUGCAAUUCUGCGAACACCGUCUCGCCCACCUCGCCGGCCUGCGCGCGGGCAUGCUCGUCCUCGACGUCGGAUGCGGCAUCGGGGCGCCCGCCCGCGCCAUCGCCCGCCUGACAGGCUGCACGGUGGUCGGCCUCACGAUCAACCAGACCCAAGUCGACCGCGCGAUCUACCUGACUCUGCUCGAGGGCCUCUCGGAGAAAUGCACCUUUUUACAAGGUGACUUUAUGGCGAUGCCGUUCGCGGACGGGAGCUUCGACGCCGCCUUCGCCUUUGAAUCCACGUGCCAUGCGGGCUCGUUGGGCGCCGUAUACGCGGAGAUCCACCGCGUGCUGAAACGAGGCGCCCCCUUCGCGUCCUCAGAGUGGGUGCUCACGCCGCGCUACGACAUCUCGGACCCGACGCACGUGCGCAUGCGCAACCGCAUCGAACGGGGCAACGCCAUCCCGGAUCUGCAGCGGAGCGAGCAGACGAGACGCCAGUUCCUGGCGGCGGGGUUCGAGAUUGAGCAUGAAGAAGAUUUCGCGGCGUGUUUUGACCGCGCCGACACCCACGGUCACUCAGGGGACAGGACGUCCCCCUCAUCGGUCCUCAUCCCUUUCGUCUCCGGCCCGGAUUACGCGCCGGGGCCCUCCGUGCCCCUUCCUCCACCUGACGCCCUUCACGUCCCCCGCACGAUGUAUCGGCCCUGGACGUUCCCUCUACGUGGGCGACACGACCUCGCCACGACGUGGACGGACUGGUGGACGUGCUUUAAGAUGUCGCGCCUCAUGCGCCGGCUGUGUUACUGGUACGUGUAUUUCGGGGAGAAGGUCGGGGUCGUGGACGGGGGCGUCAUGCAGGCCAUGGACACGAUGGCCGUGUGUGUGGACUCGGUGGCCGAUGCGGCGGAGGCGGGCAUUUUCAGCCCGUGUUGGUUUUUCGUUGGACGGAAGAGGGUGGAGGAUGGGAAAGAUGAGGAAGUUGGGGAGGGUGGGGAGCGAGAGGGGCACGCAGCGGGCGAAGGGCGAUGA